CGGCCGGGGCGCUGCGCUGCUACCUUCCUGGAGCCGUUCGUGUUCCCGCAGCGGACCUGCGCAGACUAAUUUUAGAAAAUGCCGAGUAGGAGGUUUGCUGAUGGUGAAGUGGUAAGAGGUCGAUGGCCUGGGAGUUCACUUUAUUAUGAAGUAGAAAUUCUGAGCCAUGACAGCAGUUCUCAGCUUUACACUGUAAAAUACAAAGAUGGAACCGAACUUGAAUUGAAAGAGAGUGAUAUCAAGCCUUUAACUUCCUUUAAGCAAAGGAAAGGUGGCUCAACUUCCAGUUCUCCUUCCAGACGCCGAGGGAGUCGGUCAAGAUCCCGUUCCCGUUCCCCCGGUCGGCCACCAAAAGGCUCCCGCCGGUCUGCUUCUGCUUCCCAUCAGGCCUACGUUAAGGAAGCGAGGAAGGAGGUGUUGGAAGUUAAAUUGACUCCACUGAGAUUGAAGCCAUUUGGAAAUAGCGUCAUCAGAUACAACGGGGAACCUGAGCACGUGGAGAGGAACGACGCCCCUCAUAGAAACGUCCAGGAAAAGUUCCACUUAUCACAAGAAAGUGGUUAUACAUCAACACACUAUGGACUACGUCCAAGAACAGAAGAAACAAAAUUAAAAGAACUAGAUUCUAAGGAAGAAAAACUUGUUAUGAAAGGACUUACAUCACUGAGAACCUUUGACGCGACCUCAUCACCAACCAAGAACUUGGAAUUUGGAGGAGUACCUGGUGUGUUUCUCAUCAUGCUUGGCCUGCCUGUCUUCCUCUUCCUGUUGCUGUUGAUGGGUAAACAGCAAGAUCCCAGUCUUCUCAGUUUCCCUCCUCAGUUGUCAGAGUUGUAUGGUUUGUGGGAAACCAGAGUAUUUGGAGCCUACCUCCUCUGGUUUUUUAUUCAAGCUCUGUUCUACCUACUGCCGAUUGGGAAGUUUGAAGGGUUCUAUGCCUUUAUCCUGACAUCUGCGAUCGUUGGAACAUCUCUCUUCUGGGGUGUGGAGCUUUCUUAUGUGUACAGUCAUUUUCUUCAGUUUGCACUUGCAGCCACCAUAUUUUCUGUGGUCUUGAGUGUUUAUCUCUACGUUCGCUCUUUGAAGGCUCCCAGGAGUGAACUGUCACCGGCCAGCUCUGGAAAUGCUGUCUAUGAUUUCUUCAUUGGUCAUGAAUUAAAUCCUCGAAUUGGUACUUUUGAUCUCAAAUACUUCUGUGAAUUACGUCCUGGAUUGAUUGGAUGGGUUGUUAUCAACUUGGUGAUGCUUUUGGCUGAAAUGAAAGUACAGGAACGUACGGCUCCAUCCUUGGCCAUGAUUUUGGUUAACAGUUUCCAGCUCCUGUAUGUAGUAGAUGCUCUCUGGAAUGAGGAAGCAUUGUUGACAACCAUGGACAUCAUCCAUGAUGGCUUUGGCUUCAUGCUGGCUUUUGGAGAUUUAGUGUGGGUUCCAUUUAUCUACAGCUUCCAAGCCUUUUACUUAGUCAAACACCCAAAUGAAGUGUCUUGGCCAAUGGCUUCUCUGAUUAUUGUUCUGAAAGUUUGUGGAUAUGUAAUCUUCCGAUGUGCAAAUUCUCAGAAAAAUGCAUUCCGGAAAAAUCCCAGUGAUCCAAAGCUUGCUCAUUUAAAAACUAUUCAUACUUCAACGGGGAAAAGUCUUCUGGUUUCUGGAUGGUGGGGCUUUGUUCGCCACCCCAAUUACCUGGGUGAUCUCCUCAUGGCUCUGGCGUGGUCCCUCCCGUGUGGUUUUAAUCACAUUCUGCCUUAUUUCUAUGUGAUUUAUUUCACCAUGUUGCUUGUCCACCGAGAAGCCCGUGAUGAGAACCACUGUAAGAAGAAGUAUGGCUUGGCUUGGGAAAAGUAUUGUCAGCGUGUACCCUACCGUAUAUUCCCAUAUAUUUACUAAAUUUGGUCUGUCAUAUUUUAAAAAAUAUUUUUGCAAUUCUGGCUUCCAUUUGCAAAAACAAGAAAAAAAUUCAAAACUAAAUUUCUUUUGUUGCACUGACAGGAUCUGUAAAUUUUUUUCCCUCUUGAGUCAGGACUAUAGAUAGAGCCAAGUAGUAGAUCUUUUAAUAUACCCAUGUUUUUAUAACAUAAGGAAAAAUACAAAUAAGGAUAUUAGAUUUGCAUUUUGAGAGGAAAUCUUCAAUCCUGAAAAAUCUGAAAACAGUCUUACUAUAAAUGCACUAUAAAGAAUACUAUUGAUGUGUAGGGCUUUUGAUUACUUUUCAAAUUUUGAUUUUUUUUCUCUUU